AUGCGACGCGGCCUCGUCAUCUUCCUAAUAAUCAAUGCUCUAAUAAUCGUCUUCCUUGUCCGCUCCGUCUUCACUCUCCUCACUCUCCUCGUUGAGGACGGGUCCGCCGACGCCAUUCACAGUGCCGAGAUCCCUCCCCCUAAUUCUCCACGAAUCGACGACCGGCCACAACUCAUACCUAAGAUCAUUCACCAAACCUAUGUCAACGACACUGUGCCCGAGCGUUGGAGGGAGGCGCAGAAGAGCUGUGUGGAUCUGCAUGAGGACUAUGAAUACAAGCUUUGGACCGAUGCCAAGUCACGCGAGCUCAUCGCAACCGAGUACCCCUGGUUCUUAAGUACCUUCGACAAUUAUUCCCAGCCUAUACAGCGGGCAGACGCUAUCCGAUACUUUGUACUCUCUCAUUACGGCGGCAUAUACAUUGACCUCGACGAUGGUUGUAACCGCCGCCUCGACCCUCUUCUCUCCUACCCAGCCUGGGUCCGCCGCACCAACCCCACCGGCAUCUCCAACGAUGCCAUGGGCUCCGUCCCCCACCACCCCUUCUUCACCCUCGUAAUCGAAUCUUUAAUUCCUUACAACCGCAACUGGAAGCUCCCUUACAUAACAGUCAUGUACAGCACCGGCCCUCUCUUCCUCAGCGUCAUCUGGCAAGAAUAUAAACGCGGCCGCCCUUCCUCUACGAUAGCCGGCUCCUCGGUCCUUGGGGGAGGAAGUGCACGCGGCUGGGAUGGCAGUGCAGUGGGGAGAGUAAGGAUACUGAUGGGGGACGAAUAUAAUAAACAGCCAUGGGCUUUCUUUCGGUGGCACGGAGGGAGCAGUUGGCACGGGAAAGAUGCGCGACUUAUCUUUUGGAUGGGGAAACACUGGAUGAUGCUAACGGCUUCCGGCUUCCUGGUCGCCGGCUUCGUAGGCCUGGGCUUGUGGUGGAUAUAUGGCCGAGUGCUGCUGCUGGGAGAAAGGAGAAGAAAAGGGGGCAAAGGCGCACCGAGUGCCUGGGCGCAGAGGAUCCCGCUUUGGAAGACCGCGAGCGCUACGGCAUAUGAGCUGACCGACAGGCAUGAGGUAUAA